UAAAAUACUGAAAAGUGAUUAAAUUAUUUACGCUCAAAAUGCUUCCUUAUUUACGUAUGAUAAUUUUUAGUUCUCUGAUAUUUAUAAUAAUUAAUUUACAUUCAAUAACAUUCAUUUCAUCUCAAAAUUCCGUUAAUGAUUGCUAUGAUGACAAAGGUAAAGCUAAGAGGUGCAUGCCUCCCUUUCAAAAUGCAGCUUUUAACAUUUUAGUGAAUGUAACAAAUACUUGUGGUAACCCACCUAUCGAGUAUUGUUUACAAUCUGACGCCAUAGGACCAAGUAGUACAUGCCUUAUGUGCAAUGCUAGUGAUUCUAAAUUAGCUCAUCCAGCAUCAUAUUUGACAGAUUUUAAUAAUAAUGAUAAUUUAACUUGGUGGCAAUCUGAAACCAUGCUCCAAGAAAUACAAUAUCCCAAUUCAGUCAAUCUCACAUUAAAUCUAGGCAAAUCCUUCGACAUAACUUACAUCCGGCUCAAAUUUCGGUCUCCCCGACCCGAAAGCUUCGUCAUUUAUAAGCGCACCCGACCUGAAUUACCCUGGGAACCAUACCAAUACUACAGCUCUACCUGCAUCGACACUUAUUCUAUUAAGCCUAACCAAUAUAUCACUCGAGCGCGUGAACGUAUGGCGAUUUGCACUCCGGAGGUGAGUGACAUUUCGCCCCUCACCGGAGGUAACAUAGCCUUCAGCACACUAGAGGGCCGACCCAGUGCUUUCAAUUUCGAGUUCAACCCCGAACUUCAGGAAUGGGUGACAGCCACCGAUAUCAGAAUUGUCCUGAAUCGUUUGAAUACUUUUGGCGACGAACUUUUCCAAGAUCCAAAGGUAUUGAAGUCCUAUUACUAUGCCAUUUCCGAUUUCGCCGUCGGAGGAAGGUGCAAAUGCAACGGUCAUGCCAAGGAGUGUGUUCCCAGCACUGGUCAGGGCCUCCCACAACGCCUCGUAUGCCGCUGUGAACACAACACGGCGGGAGCAGACUGCGAGACAUGCGCACCUUUUUACAACGAUCGUCCAUGGCAACGCGCCACCGCUUCCAACGGAUUUGAGUGUCUACCUUGUGAUUGCAACGGACUCUCUGACCGUUGCUACUUUGAUGAGGAUCUCUACCGACGAACUGGACAGGGUGGACACUGUAUAGAAUGCCAGCGAAAUACGGAUGGACCUCACUGCGAGCGUUGCAAGGAGAACUAUUACGAAGGGGUCAGUCCUUCGGGUUUAUCCGACCGGUCUUGUGAGCCUUGUGGAUGUGAUCCUAUAGGCUCUCUGGGCAUGCAAUGCAAUUCACUGGGGAAAUGUCCUUGUAAGACUGGCGUAGCUGGUGAUAAAUGCAAUGUUUGUGCUGCCAACUUCUUUGGGUUUUCAGAAACUGGAUGUCGUCCUUGUGGAUGCAGCGAGGUAGGUAGCUUAGAUCGACCACCUAGAUGCCGAUCCGACACUGGCCAAUGUGUGUGUAAGUCUAACGUGGAGGGUCAAGCAUGUGAUCGCUGCAAACCGGGCCACUUUGAUGCCGGCCUCUUCUCAGAUCGACGCUAUAACUCACCAUCGCCGCCUCCGCUUUCCGCUUCCAUAAUGACAUUUGACAAUUAUUUGUCGAAUCCACUGGCAGACGACCGGUUUGGUUGUGUAGAAUGUUAUUGCUUUGGGCACUCUUCCAUAUGUGCCGCCAGCCCGCGUUACGAGGCUCGCGAUUUGCUAAGUGAUUUUUCUAAUGGUCCACAACGAUGGCGGGCCAUAUUUUUGUCGGCCGAACGUGAAAUAGAGAUUCCUUAUUCUCACGAUUCUUACGACCAAAAUUUGGGCGUUGUUUCACCAGUGCGGGAAAUUGAAGGUGAUGAAGCCUUCAAUGAUGGGCCCAUUUAUUUCUCCGCACCUGAAAAAUACUUAGGCGAUCAGCGCUUUUCUUACAACCGAUACCUGACCUUCAAAUUGAGGGUGAAUGCUCCCGAGGGUUCUCUUCGACCUAGUCGAUACGAUGUACAGCUUGUUUCCUUCACGGGUAGUGAGUCGACCGGAUCUGAACCAUCCCUCAAGGUUGGCGCGCCCAUAUUUGCCCAAAAUAAUCCGCUCCCUGUUGCCGACCGUUUCCAGACUUUCCGAUUCCGCCUCAAUCAGGCCCCUGAGUUUGGAUGGAGCCCACAAUUGACCUUCUACGAUUUUGCCCGUCUCCUUUCCAAUCUAACUGCAAUCCGAGUCCGUGCCAUUUACUCAUCCCCACGCGACGCGAAUCGUUCUGGCCAGGUAGAUCGUGGAACCCCUGAUAAAACUGUCGGUGCCGGAUUUAUAGACGAUUUUAUUCUCCAAUCUGCUAAACUUGGAACUCUGAGUGGUAAACCAGCUCAUUGGGUCGAGUUUUGUACCUGUCCUAAAGGUUACGUUGGCCAAUUCUGUGAAUCUUGUGCAGCCGGUUACAAGCGAGAUAGGUCCUUUGGGGGCUCUACCGCUAACUGUUUGCCAUGUGAAUGCAACUCCCAUUCCGAAACUUGCGAUACCGAAAGUGGUGCUUGCAUUUGCGCCCAUAACACUGCCGGACCUCAAUGUCAGGUUUGCGCUCCUGGAUAUUAUGGUGAUGCCCUCUUUUCAGCAAACCGAUACCUGGAUGGCCGAGAGGAACAGUCGAGGAGUGAUACUAAGGAUCUACUGCCCAGAACCAGAAGACCAGAUACCGCUUGCCAACCAUGCCCAUGUCCUGGGGGAUCAGAAUGUUUUCAAGAUGACCGCACCCAGCAGCUUAUUUGCACAGAUUGUCCUGAUGGAUAUACUGGUAACUUGUGCGAGAUGUGUGCUGACGGUUUUUACGGGCGUCCCUCUACCGGUCAGCCCUGCUCAGCAUGCCGAUGCAAUGGUAACAUGGACCCAAACUCGAUAGGUAACUGCGAUCGCUUGACGGGCCACUGCUUGCGCUGCAUUCACAACACAGGCGGUCAUCGUUGCGAUUCUUGUCUUCCCGGGUUCUACGGCGACGCACUGGCCGACACCCGCAAGGUCGGUGAUAAAUGCAAACCCUGUGAUUGUUACCUUAGCGGGACUCAGCAAAUCGCCGUUCAAUCUGAUUCUGCUUCAAUUACGGGUCUUCUUUGUAACUCUAAAACUGGUUAUUGCCCCUGCCUGGACCGGGUAACAGGUCGUCGAUGCGACCUCUGCGAACCUGGUUUCUGGGAUGUCCGGUCUGGUACCGGCUGCCGGUCUUGUGGAUGCCACCCUCAUGGAUCCUCUAACAUCACUUGCGAUUCAGAGACAGGUUCUUGCUUCUGCAAGCCCGGUAUAUCCGGCCGAUCUUGUGACGCUUGCACUCCUAAUCAUUAUGGGUUUGGCGCCGAAGAUGGUUGUAAAGAAUGCAAAUGCGACCCGUUCGGUUCGAUGUCACCCCAAUGUGGACCUGAUGGCCGUUGUCCUUGCAAGCCGGGUACAACCGGCAUAAAAUGCAAUAAGUGCGAAGAAAACAAAUUCGACCUGAGAGCUGGAUGUCUAGAUUGUCCAGCAUGUUAUGGCCUCGUCCAAGGUCGGGUUAGGGAACAAAGGCGACACAUAGCUGAUCUAAGAACGGUGUUAAAAGAUAUGGGAGAAAGACCGCCCGCUCUUACUGACACAGACUUCGAGGCAUCUCUAAAUACGGUUUAUGGUUCGCUAGAUCACCUGAAACAGGAGGCGCGAAUGGCAACCGGCGGCGACUUCGGCAUCUCGGGCAAGAUCCACGAAUUAGCAGAUCGUGUAGAGACCGGAUUUGAACUGGAAUCUCAAAUCCUCGAAGCUGCUCGUGCCAUCAAUCGCACAGUGCUAAUACCUGUUAAAGAUAGAUUAGCGGAUGAAACUGAUCCGGCUCUGGAAGACCUGACUGAAGCCCUUAAUCGUGCAUCAGCAUAUUAUUCCGAAGAAGCCCGGACCGCAUUCGAAGCUGCUCGAAAAGCGGCCCAUGAGUUUGGUUCUCGGUCUGCCAUCAUGUCGGAACUCUCUGGCAUGUCAAGAGCGAAAAUAGAGAGUUUGACCAGCCAAUCUAGCGCAAUAUACGAUUUAGCGACGGAAGCCCAUAACGUGACUAAGAAAACCGAAGAAUUAUCUUUGAAUAUGAUAAACGGGCAAAAUGCUUUAUCGGAAGAUAUCUUAGAACUGAAUCGAAAAUAUCGUGAGACUGAAACUCUUUUCAACCAUACACGACGAUUGUCCCAAAAGGCUUUCAAUACGGCCGUCGAGGCAUACGACAAGGCGCUAAGCAUUUACCAAGAAGCCCUCGAAACCAAGCUGCCAGAGAUAGAUGUUAAAGAUCUUCUUAGACAAGCCAGCGAUCUAACGGAACAAACUAAUAACGUGUUUCCUGUGAUUGAAGAACUUCUGGUCUCGAACCGCGAACUCCUCGGCAGAGCAAGGGAACGGGCCGAUCUUCUGGACCACGUACUAACUCGCGCAAUUGACGCUAGGGGCUUAACAGACUCUGCUAUGACCGAAGCCUUGGCUGCUAAAGACAGGGCUGCCAUGGCCUUGACCACGGCGGAACUAACGCUCCAUGAGGCUAGAGAUACGCUCAAAACCUUGCAAGAUUUUGACGGUGAGAUUCAGACCCAUAAAAAGACGGCCUCAAUGGCCCUCGAACAAAUACCAAAAAUUAGGGCUUUGAUAGAAGAAACAGAACAUAAAAGGGUUGAAACUGAACAAAAACUUUUAUCCACUCAAAGUGAGGUAGAAGCCGCUAAAGAACAGGCCUUAGAGGCUAAGGAUAUCAUGGAUACUAUUAAAGAUCAAGCUGGGAUCUUACAAAGAGAAGUUGAUAUCAUUUUACGACAAUCAACUUUUUUAGUUCAGAAAUCAAAUCAAUUGCGCGAUAAUAUCACCCGUUUUGAACUUAGUUUAACUGAGUACGAUGAAAAAGUCAACCCAGAGGCAUCCUUAGCCACUGAAGCUGUUUUGAGAGCGGAGGAAGCCCAAAAUAAAGCCUCGCUUAAUUUGCAUGGAGUAACCGAAGCCCUGGAUAUUUUAGCCGACAUACAAGAUCAAUUGGAAAACUUAGGUGUAGUUGACAAGGAACAACUAUCUUUAUUGGGAUUGGAAUUGGAGAGAGUUGUAAAAGAAGUCGAGCAAAUAGAUCUUGACUCCCGCCUAAAUCAAUUGAAACAAGCUGAGAAGACACAAAUUGUUAACCUUUUAGCUUAUACGGCACGCGUUUCUCACCUUAAAAACGAAGUUCAAAAUAUCGAGGCUAUUCAUCAGUCGUUACCAGAGGGUUGCUUUAAAGUGCUUAAGCUGGAACCUUGAAAUAUGAAAUCAAAUUUUAUUUAACUACUGCCCAUAUAAAUUUUUUGUAUAGGAGGGAAUGUAUAUAUCUUUUUUAAUAGUUAUUUUUGUUAUUUGUUAUAACAAUUCUUAUUAUUUUUUAUAUAGAAUUGUAACUUUUAAAUAUUUUUUUUAUCUUUUGAAUCUCAAAUAUAAAUUUUUUUUAUUUUGAAUCUCAAUUGUAAUUAAUAUUUUAU